AUGAGUCUUAUAAAUUUACGUUUAAUACUCGUUAGUGGCAAAACAAAAGAAUUCCUAUUUAAUCCAUCAGAUUCUGCUGGUGAUAUCGCACAAACAGUAUUCGAUAAUUGGCCUGAAGAUUGGGAACGCGAAGCCGUCUCCAAGGCCGAAAUAUUACGUCUCAUAUAUCAAGGUAGAUUUCUACAUUGCAAUGUAACCUUAGGCGCACUGGGACUUCCGCUGGGCAAAACGACUGUUAUGCAUUUAGUGCCGCGUGAUAAUUUGCCAGAACCCAAUUCGCAAGACCAAAGGCAAAAGAGUAAAGGAGGUUCCAGUAGAUGCUGUUCAACGACAUGCUGUAUUUUGUAACUAAAUUAGCCUAUAGUAAAUAAAUUAAUUUAAAUGCUAUAUUAUAAUUAUAAUUAUAAUAUUUACAGAAAUAUAAAAUUAAAAAACGGAUGAAAUAUAUUUUCUAAUAAUUGAAGUGAAACUUAAAUAACCGAGAAUAGUUUUAAAUCAAAACUAAAUAAUAUGAAAAAAAAACAAAAUGAAAACGAGUAA